AUGUCCCUGCAAUCCUACUUUGAAAAUCUACAGCGAGAACACAAUGCUACUUGCGUCGAGUUUAUCGCAGAUCAAGCAAAAUGCGACGAAGGAAGGAUACGUUUCCCAGCAGCACCAUCCCUGGCUGUGCAACAACAACAACCACAGCGACCUUCCUUUCGCUCAGACUCGGAACGACAUUCGGCUGCUCCAACAUGUCCACUGAGAACCACGAGUUUUGAAGAUUUGGUACAGCUAUGUCAUGACGAGGGAGCUGCUCUCGCUCUAAGGAUGAAGAACUUUGCACUCCUGAACGACAAGGACGACACUAGCACCACCAAUAAUCUUGUUCUUGUUGCACAGCAAUCCAAGAAUCAUGAGGAGCAUGACGAACUUGAAUGCCGGUCUUCCUUGAAGCAACUGCAACCAGCAUCGUCGCCAGCAAAUGUUGUUGUUGCGAGGUGUGGAUAA